CCGUGCCACACAGGUCGCUCCUCCAGUUGCUCGAGAAGAAGAGGAAACUGGGAGACAGAAGAUAGAGUACCACAGGACAUCUGAGGGUAAAAGACAAGAGAUCAUUACCCGAGCCCUGCUUUAGACCAGAGGAGGGAGAAGUGCCUUUUUGUCGACUUACCAACAUUUCACAGCGACAGCUCUGACCAUGAGAAGUGUGCGUGUGUGUUUCUGCCUGGCUCUGCUGCUGCCUUGGUGUGUCCAGAGUCAGAGGAGCCGUCCUGCUCUUGCCCAACUCAAUGAAGACACCCAGAGGGAUGUGCUGGCCUUUGACGUCCUGAACCGCAGCGGUGCGUUGAACUCAUUGCUCCGGUCAGAGCAACACACAGUGCUCAGGCGGGCACGAGCCCCACACCCAGCCUCCCAGGUGCCCAAAAGAGCCCAGCAGGGGUCUCGCUUCGCCCUGUCCCUCGAUGUUCCCACCAGCAUCCUCAGUGUCCUCAUAGACCUGGCCAAGAACCAGGACAUGAGGACCAAGGCUGCAGCGAAUGCAGAACUAAUGGCACGGAUAGGCAAGAGGAAAUGAAAAGCCCUCGGGAGCAGUCUGGGGGCUUGAUGGAGAAAAUCUCAACCUUGCAGCUGAGUUAACACAUUGUGGCACUGGCACCUGGUUAGAAGCAAUGUUAGUUCAGGUGAAAACAAUCUUGGCGUUCAGGAUCAGUCCUUUAGAGCUUAGGUCUGCUUGACUUUUCUACUUGUAUGAAAUGAUUUAUUAUAUUACCUCAUUAUACACACAAAACACUUCAUGGACUGACUCUUGAAAUACUAAUAACUAGAAAGACGGACGUAAAACAUGAUCACAGAAAAAAGGACACUGUGAACAAUGUCAAACAACGUAAGAUGAAGCUGGUCUUUUGUCUCAAAGACUAUUCACCUGAGCCAGAAACUGUGAUCAGGUUAUG